CAUAUACACAACAACGGGACCAAAACAGUGUGUAUACCUACUCCACAACAUCACAACCCGCGUGUUGGCGCUUUCACUCGGCGGGUGAGACUCGUAGCGCGAUGUAUUAUAGAGUCUAGGAGAAGGCGUCCGUCAGUCCUGCAGUCGCCUCUCUCAGCUGCAGUCGUUGCUUCUGUUUGCAUUUCGAGUGUCCAACCUUACGGUUUUCUCGUGCUUACCGAUCUCGAAGCGGCGGGAGGUCGAUAUAGGCGAGUCGCGCGUACCCGUGGGUUUCAGUCGGGGACUAAGUGUCAGGUGCCGCGCACGUGUGAAGAGGAUCUACGAGUGGUUUGGAGAACGUGUGAUUUUUUUUUAUUCUGGUGUGCGUUUUGUGCGAUUGAAUUUUUUUUAAAAAAGCUAUAUACCGGCGAAAUGAGAAUAACGGAUCUGCACGAGUUCUUCGCGGUGAUCUACGAUCUCGCGCUGUUCUCGGUGAUGGCGGUGAUCUACUUCAUGGAGUCGCUCAUCCUGACCUUCAUACCUCGACGUUAUCGCAGUAAGAAUCUGCGCGAGGAGAUAGCACUGGUGACUGGUGCCGCCGGUGGAAUCGGUAGACUCAUCGCGCAGAAACUCGCCGCUCGAGGAUGCAGCGUCGUCGUCUGGGAUAUCAAUAAGACUGGUGUCGAGGAGACCGCCAGACUGAUAGAAGAGGCCGGUGGCAAAUGCUGGGCUUACCACUGCGACAUCACCGAUAGAGAAGAGGUCUACAAGACCGCGAAAGCCGUCAAACUCGACGUUGGCAACGUGACGAUACUCGUCAACAAUGCUGGAUACGUUUAUGGCACUACUUUGAUGGAGAUUCCUGACGAGGAGAUCGAACGCACUUUCAAAGUCAACGUCAUCUCGCAUUACUGGACAACCAAGUCCUUCCUGAAAGAAAUGAUGAGAGAGAAUCACGGACAUAUCGUUACCAUCGCAAGUGUUGCUGGACUUCUGGGUACCUAUAAUUGCACUGAUUAUUCGGCCACGAAGUUCGCAGCUAUUGGUUACCACGAGAGUCUGUUUACCGAGUUGAAGACACACGGCUAUGACGGAAUCAACACGACGCUGGUGUGUCCCUACUUCAUUAACACCGGAAUGUUCAGCGGAGUCAAGCCAAGGCUCAGGCCGAUGCUCGAGCCAGACUACGUCGCGAGCGAAGUCGUGGGGGCGAUAGCGACGAAUCAGAUCUACGUAGUGCUGCCCGGGAUCAUACGAUAUGUCUUGCCACUCAAACAUAUUCUGCCGUCGAAAAUGUGUUGGGCUCUGAUGUAUCACAUAAUUCAGGGACCACAGACGAUGAUGAUGCUGAAGAACCGAGGCAUGGAAAAGAUCAAAUAGUCGACUAUGAAAUCAUCAUGCCUUUGUAAAUAUUUAAUAUACUGCAGACGGAAGAGGUGUGCGUUUCAAUUCGUGUAAAACUGGAGAGGUUAUUGUGCUAUUGUAAAAUUAGUAUCACAGUGUAUCGAAGAAGUAAUUCAGUCCUUGACCGAGCUCCCAAAUCGAGACGCCGGUCUUCAGUUCAGCAGCUAGGUCCAGUCUGACCAGAAUUGAGUAUAACGUGGGAUAGAAAACGAAGCCACCGUCGUUGGACCUGAAAUUGCGCAAUGCGUUAGUUUUACCAUAGGAUAAAUAAGAUUUCAAAACUAAUCUAUGAAAAAUCUUUGAAAAAGGUGUACGCGAAUUCGCGGGAGAUACUAAAUCAUUCCGACAGCUAUCUACCGGAGAUUAAUGAUUCGCAGUUGCGUAACUUACUUGAGCUCAAAGAAAUGUUCUUGACUCUUGUCGUCCCAUUGAAUUUUGCCUUUGAAAUCCUCGAGAAGCUUCACGUAUUGUGAGCCCACAAUGGGACCACCUCCAGUAUGUGUGUAAUGGUAACCAUAAAAGUUCAGGCCCAUUAAUAUUUGAGCUCGCUUUGGAUCGUUUUCAUCGGGUACAAGAUACUCUAUGCAUUUUCUUAUCCAUUCAGUCGGAGCGUUUGGGCCUGGACGCUGAACGCUCGAGAAAUCAUAAGUCAUUAGCGAGAAGUACCUUAUGUGUGGCGCAAGAGAGUCAAAAUUCUUUUUUGUAAAAAGUUCCUUGUCCAUUCUGUUAAAUGAAAAGAAUAAAAUAAUUUUUGAAUGAAAA